GGACCCACGCGGCGCCGUGGCCCGCCUGGCCUGCAGCGCUCCCACCCCUGGCGGCGGCGGCACGAUGCCCUUUGACUUCAGGAGGUUUGACAUCUACAGGAAGGUGCCCAAGGACCUUACGCAGCCAACGUACACCGGGGCCAUUAGGCACGUGCUAACCCCUCAGCUCACGGACGACUCUCCUUCUUAUCACUGUCCUCCUGGAGCCUGCAACCCAUGAGAACGUCUGGCCUGAGAAGCUGUGCAGCUUUGUGCCUUGACCCCCGAGGAAAGGAUAUGGAGGGGACCAUGAGAGGAAAGAGACUUGGUAGUUUAUGAACCUGAUCCAAAAAAAUCAAAUGAGGUUUCCUGCCCCAUUUCUACCAUCCACCAAUGGCUCCAUCCUCUUCCCUCUUCUCCAUCUCUGCAGUCUCUCCCUUGUCUGUCUCCAUCUGCUGCUGCCUCUUCAUCCUCUUCCUCUUCCUCUCGGAGCUCACCGGAUUUAUAACAACAGAAGUUGUGAACGAGCUCUACGUCGAUGACCCAGACAAGGACAGCGGGGGCAAGAUCGAUGUCAGUCUGAACAUCAGUUUACCCAAUCUGCACUGCGAGUUAGUCGGGCUCGACAUUCAGGAUGAGAUGGGCAGGCAUGAAGUGGGCCACAUUGACAACUCCAUGAAGAUCCCACUGAACAAUGGGGCAGGCUGCCGCUUCGAGGGGCAGUUCAGCAUCAACAAGGUCCCUGGCAACUUCCACGUGUCCACACACAGUGCCACAGCCCAACCACAGAACCCGGACAUGACGCAUGUCAUCCACAAGCUCUCCUUUGGGGACACGCUACAGGUCCAGAACGUCCACGGAGCUUUCAAUGCUCUCGGGGGAGCAGACAGACUCACCUCCAACCCCCUGGCCUCCCACGACUACAUCCUAAAGAUUGUACCCACGGUUUAUGAGGACAAGAGUGGCAAGCAGCGGUACUCCUACCAGUACACGGUGGCCAACAAGGAAUACGUCGCCUACAGCCACACAGGCCGCAUCAUCCCUGCCAUCUGGUUCCGCUACGACCUCAGCCCCAUCACGGUCAAGUACACAGAGAGACGGCAGCCGCUGUACAGAUUCAUCACUACGAUCUGUGCCAUCAUUGGCGGGACCUUCACUGUCGCCGGCAUUCUGGACUCAUGCAUCUUCACAGCCUCCGAGGCCUGGAAGAAGAUCCAACUGGGCAAGAUGCAUUGACGCCGCACCCAGCCUCACAGCCGAGGACCCUGGGCAUCGCCAGCCUUGCCUCCAGCGCCCUGUCUCCUUUGGCCCUCAAUCUGGCCUCAAAUCUGGCUGUGUCCCAAAGUGUGUGUGGGAGGUGGGGGGAAAGUAGAGGAUGGCUCCAUGUUUCGCAGCUACCUCUUUUCCCCAUGUUUUAUUUUGGACAAAUUACACUGCCUGAAGUUGCAGUUCCCCUUUCCCUGGGGAGCCCCAAGAGUAGAGUCAGGCAAGGGGUGGCGAGUCCAGGGAUCUUGGGGACCCCUCCUAGGAGAGCUGCAGUCUUUUCCCUCUUAGGGGAAUAUCCCAGAAUGCAUAUCGAUCAGCUCUCAGGCAGACUUCGACAAUCUCGCGGCCCCUGCUGUGUGGACACACUAAUGAUUUGGUUUCUCCCCUGGGCAGCCAACCCACCCCAGAGGCACCAGACUUGGGCUGUCAGCUUUGGGACCAGGCUGCCCAAAGGUACUCCUUUAUACACCCGGCACCUUCCACGAAAGAUGGUACUUCCCAAGCAAACCCCUACAAUUUGUCACUAUAGAUGGAACCCUGACUUCUGCCCCAUCCCUUCCUGCCCAACCUAGAGCCCAGGCCUCAAGCCUUUACCCCGACCCUGUCUUGUUCUUCCAAGAUGCAGAUGCCCAGUUGCUCAGCAGCAGCGGUAGAGACUUGAAUCUGCCCACCAGUCACAAGGCGGGUCACAGAUUCCUCUUCCUCUCUUCUCCUUGUUCCUCUGAACCCCCCACCAAUGUGCCUCAGCCUGUGUGCUGUGUGGCAACAGCAUUUCUUGGUGAAGGGGCUGGUUCCCACUGCCAAGACCUCCCACCGCUCUGCUGGGAUCUGCAGUGGUAGGGAGUGGGGAUUGUGUGAAGGGGAAGUCAUCUUUUCAGAUCCAGAUAGACAUGGUUUGUGCACUUAUGUCCAGAUGGGAAGCAUCCUUCCUGCGACCCUAAAAUCAUCAUGCAGCCUCUCUCAGACGGACGCCAUCAGUCCCAAGGCCUUAGGUGGAGGAACAAAGGAGGCCAGCCCUGUCCUGUCCGUGGACCUCUACCUUCUGGACUCCCUGUGGGUGCAGAGCACUUGGGUCUCUCUACAACCCAGUCUUGGCCCACUUGCCCCUGUGCUCCCCCAUCAGCUGGUCACACGCCAACACGUUCCCAGCCCCUGGGGCAGCUCCAGGGUGCCCCACCUGCUCCUGAGGUGGGUCCCUAGCCUGCUGCUCCUCUUCAUCCUUUCCCUUUUGUCCUCAAAGGGAGGGGUAAUGGUCCAGGCAUUAAUUUCACCCAGGGAAUUUUAGCUAUGCCCUCAUAUCCCAGGGAGAGAGCCACACGCCUGUUUUCCAUUUAUAGCAAGAUUGUUUGCAUACUUUUGUAAUGAAGGGGAGUGUCCAGUGGAAGGAUUUUUAAAAUUAUCUUAUGGAUAGCUCAAGUCUCUGCCAUUUGUAAUUUUUGGCUCUAAGCUCCAAUUGGAGAAGCUUCUCCUUGUGCAUAUGAGUUGACUGAUGUUGUGAGUGUAAAUGCAUUUGGCUAUUUCUGGUAUCUGUGGCCACUUGGACGGAUUUCUUUUUUUACAUUCUGUUCCUCAGUUACAGAAAGGAGUCCCUUUGGUGUGUGAAUAUGUGUGCCUGUAGAGGGUGGGGCAGGGUGGGGUGGGGAUGGAAAUGUGUGGCAUGCACAUGAGUUGAAAUUCUACUUUUAUGCAUUUUUUGAAAAAAAAAAAAGAAACUCGGAGGACAUAGGGGAUGUCAGUUUCCUAUGGAAGAGACACCUCUGACCUGUUAUUCUUAUAAUCAGAAUCUCAAGGGAAAAAAAUGUUUCAGUUCUUUCCACACUCAUUGGGUUCAACUAGAUUAAAAGGCUGAUUUUCAGAAA